GCUAAGCACAGAGUGGAACGUGCCGGAUAUCCAGUACUCGUACGAUGUAGCACAAUUAGGCGAUUUUUUGCUGAAUCCUCGGCUGGUGGGGCCGGCGAGGAUGGAGCCCUUGGGCUACUACGACGGCCUGACCAUUCGCCCGGUCGUCCAAAAGCCCAAAAGUCGCGGGCGCAUCCUCCUCAACAUGACGGAUCCCUUCAACAGCCCGCCGAUCAUUCACAACGGCUAUUUCACUCGACAGGAAGACCUUGAUACUUUGGUUGCGGGGAUCAAGCUCGCAGUCCGCGGCAUCCAGACGGAGGCGAUGCAGAGCAUCGGGGCCUUCAUGGUCAAAGUCCCGGUCCCGGAGUGCGCGAGACACGUCUGGGGGACGGACGGCUACUGGCGGUGCCUGGUGACGGAGUACACGGCCAACAUCUUCCACCCCUCGGGCACGUGCAAGAUGGGGCCCAAGUCGGACCCCGGGGCGGUGGUCGACCCCCGGCUCCGGGUCCACGGGGUCCGCGGGCUCCGGGUCAUCGACGCCAGCAUCAUGCCCAGGAUCGUCCGCGGUAACACCAACUCGCCCACCAUCAUGAUCGCAGAGAAGGGCGCCGACAUGAUCAAGGAGGAUUGGACGUGGAACCCAGGGUGAAGGGAGGAGAAACAUGGAGUAGUGAAUAGAGUAAUGAAGGU